GGUGAAUAUGCCCGGCCUCUCGUCGGAGGGCUCAGUCGCUGGCCAGUAUUUGUGGCAUCCGCAUCCACACGAACCCCAAAAGCGGGAGAGAGGGCUUCGACGCUUACGGCUCAGACCUACCGCGGGUAAACAAUGCCCUGCCCCCGGGCACAGUGUUAAUCGAGCAAACUGACGGGACCCCCAGAGAGCUCCGAUUCCGAGCAGAAAAUAAACAUAAUAUUUAGUGUCAUAAUAGGGAUUCAUGUGUGACAGUUUUCUCGGCUAGCCCACGUUAUUGAUGAAACAUGGAGAAGUCGUUCUCCAUAACGCCGUGGAAGUACGGCCUACUAGCCACUUGCAUUCUCAUUGUGACAUGUAAUGUGUUCUUCUUUUCUUGCGGCGUUGUGACCUGGGGAUCGGCAGUAUCUCGCUCCGGGAGCUAUUCGGCAGCUCUAUGUGGAGUGUCUGUCUUUGGAGUGGCCUUUCUCGGAAUGUACGUGUCCCUGAAGGAGUCCCAUAAGUAUUCCGUAUACUACUUGAUAUGCGGUGGAUUGGUGAUAUCCGCCUUGGGUGCCUAUCUUUUUGUCUUCACGGCGAUGCGGACGGAGCUGAUGGGCCGGUUCGAGGAGCGCAUGCGUCGCCUGUUUGCGGAGAAGACCCACCACGAUGACAAGAUGCAGCCCGUGCAUAGCCUCUUCGGGUGCUGCGGAAUGGAUGGACCGCAGGACUAUCUAAGGACGGAGCACGGAGCUCUGCCCAGCAGCUGUUGCUAUGCCUUCGACUGCUCUAAUCCCAGUCAUGUUUACGAAGAGGGCUGCUCCACCAAAGCAAUAACAAACCUUAGGAUGCAGGCUGAUCUAAACUAUUAUAGCUGCCUGGCCAUUAUUUCCCUCGAGUUCAUGGGCUUGUUCACUGCUUACUACAUGGGCAAGGCCCGGAAGCACGCCAAAACCAAGGUGAAGGACGAGGAGACUCCCAUGAACGAUUAAGGAUCGUGGAUAACCAACAUUAUUGUUGCUAAAAACAGUUAACCAACUUAGCUAAUUUGCCAUUAGAGAAUAAAUACUUUCCAUAUGAUAAAGAA